AUGGCACCGAUACGCCGCUAUCUUAGAAUUAGCAAAUACUCGGUACUAGAAUGCCGCAUAUACCUCGACAAUCCCGCCCUCACCCAGACGUGGCUGCUCAACCCCCGGAACCCCGUCUUGCCGCGCGUCAUCGAGAGCGUGCGGCCGCUCGUGCUGCCCAAGCUGCGCGAGGAGAAGGAGCGCGAGCGCAGCCGCAAGAACAAGAAGCGGAGCAUCAAGGACGUCGUGAUAGAGGAUGAAUUUGAGGUGUCUAUCUUCCUGACGGGCACUGAGACGCGGCACUCGCUGCUGCACAAACAGAAGCACUUCCGCGACAAGGUGCAGACUAAGCUCACGUCCAACUCGUCGCGCCUGACGGGCGCAUCCCGCGAGGCCCCCAUCGACCUCCAAGACGCUGCCGACGACGUGCCGAUCCUUGCCGAAUAUCAGGAUGACGUUGACCUCGACGCCAUUCCCGCGGCGGAUGAAACAGCCCCCAGCCCCAGCCCCAGCCCCAGCCCGCCCAAUCGCCGGCCAAAACGAAGCCGCCGAGCGGUCGCCGAGGCCAGCCAGCCUGGCCCUGGCGUGCACGUCGAGACGAUCGACUCGGGCUCGGACGAUUCGUCGAGCGACGAGCUGUUUGUAAGCGCGAGCGACAACAGUGACACAGGAUCCGGGCCCCCGCCCAAGCGCCGCAAGCAGAGGGCGGCGGCCGCCGGGGAGAAGGAGCAGGACCCCGACGACAAAAAGAAGACGGCCAUGGACAUAUCGUACGAGGGGUUUGCCAUCUACGGGCGCGUCCUUUGCCUGGUGGUCAAGCGACGCGACGGCGGGAGCAGUAGCGGGCCCGCGCCGGCAAACAUUAAUCUAUCGCAGACCGGCCAGCCUGGCGGCCGGGCCAUGAUGGAGAACUGGAUCACCUUCACCCAGCUGCCUGAAGCCGGUCUAGGAGACGAGGCCCUGUAG